AUGCUUGUCAACGCAACCCUCCCCCAAGGAUUUAUUCCGCCGGUGGUGAUGGAGUAUCCCGGGAUAACAGUAGGUGGUGGAUUCGCAGGCACAUCAGGAGAGAGUAGCUCGUAUCGGCAUGGUUUCUUUGAUCGAACGAUUUCUUGGAUUGAGAUUGUGAUUGGGAACGGCGAGAUCCUGCAAGCAUCCCCAACCGAAAACUCCGAUUUAUUCUUCGGUGCUGCGUGCUCCUUUGGAACCCUUGGAAUCACGACUCUACUGGAGCUGCAACUCAUAGAACUUCCGACAAACCCAGUAGUAGAAUUGGCCUAUUUUCCUAUCUCGGGUAUUGACGAGGCCAUCAGAAAAAUUGAAGAGCUUACACCAAACCCUGCGUAUCAGUAUCUGGAUGGUAUAAUGUUCACCAAGACGAAGGGAUGCAUCUGUGCCGGGUCAAUUACCAGUAUGGCAGAAAAAGAUCAGGUUCAAACCUUUACUCGUCCCACUGAUCCGUGGUUCUAUAUGCAUGCCGAAGACAUGGUUUCCUCGCUAUCAAACCUGGAGAAGGGGACCGCAUCCAAGGAACUAAUCCCAUUGACCGAUUACCUAUUCCGCUAUGACCGGGGAGGCUUCUGGGUGGGGAAGUACGCCUUUGAAUAUUUCCUAUUUCCCCAGACAAAGUUCAUGCGAUGGGUGCUGGAUGGAAUCUCCCAUACAAGGGUCAUGUAUCACGCCGUCCACAAGAGCGGGCUUUUCAAGGAGUACACUAUCCAGGAUGUUGCGGUGCCGUCUACUGGUGCCAAAGAACUGAUUGAUUUUCUUGAUGACUCGUUUGGGAGGUACCCAUUAUGGCUUUGCCCUGUCCGUACUACAACGACACAUGUGUCAGGGCUGAUGGCGCAACGGCGAAACCAUCCUGACCCAGACCAUCGUGAUAUGAUGCUCAGCAUUGGAGUAUGGGGUCCAGGACCGAAGGGUAAGAAGAACUUUGUCGACUUUAAUCGCAAGCUCGAGAAAGUCGUCAACAUGCUUGGGGGUCAAAAGUGGCUCUACGCACGGACCUACUAUACAGAGGAGGAAUUCUGGUCAAUCUAUGACCGUGAUACACUGGAUGGCUUACGACAGAAGUAUCAUACGUCGUACUUACCGAAUCUGUAUCAAAAAGUCCAAAUCCAGCCGGAAGAGGUCGUCAAGAAGCGGUCUUGGACAUCGCGGCUGGGAGACUGGGUAUUGAGUUGUUGGCCGAUUUCUGGGGCUUACGGGUUGAUGCAUACAUUCUGGCAUAAGGACUAUUUCGGAUCUGAUGUUCACCUGUGGCGACGAAGACUGACAGCCAAGCCGACAAUGUGUCGGCAGGCGGAUGAUGUCACUCGGUAUAAUUUUCCUGUCGUUUCCCUCAUAUGCUGGCUGCUGUGUCUCAACUUGUUCAAUGUUAUCAAUGCAUUUAUAUGGCCAAAUAAUGACAUGGACAGUUGGUGGAGUGGCGCUGGCCUUUGUGACGUGGAAGUCAAAGUGAUGAUUGCCAGCUAUGUUGCAGUGCCUGGGAACUUGGUCUGCAUCUUCCGCGCUCUGGCGGGCAUGAUUGAUACUAGACGUGCGAUGCUUGUCCCGAGCAAGCAGCAACGGCGGUGGAAUUUGGGCAUAGAUAUGUUAUUUUGUGUGAUCGUGCCCGUUCUGGCAAUGGCCACACAUAUAGUCUACCAGGCGAACCGAUACAUUCUGGUUGGCAUCUCGGGCUGCGUUAACAGCUUUGAUGAAAGUUGGGUGAGCCUCAUACUGGCAUGGAUCUGGCCUCUAUUAAUCUGCCUCAUGGCUGGCUAUUAUUGUGGCCUUGUGGUUUAUCGUCUUCACAGAUACCGAAACCAAUUUGGUGACAUCCUACAAGCAUCAAACAGCAACUUGAACAAAUCUAGAUUCAUGCGGCUAUUCAUCCUUUCCUUCAUUGUACUCCUGGCUAUUCUGCCGGUCCAGACAUACGUUGUCUACAAAAACAUAGAGCUUUCGCUACCGUGGCAUUCUUACUCAUGGAAUGUGGCACACGGACCACAUUGGAAUAAAAUCCUGAAGAUACCUUCGGGUGGUGAAGCCUUUUUCGAUCGCUGGUUUCCAGUGGCCGCUGGAUUCAUGUUGUUCAUCCUCUUCGGAUGCGGCAGAGACGCUUCCAGGAUAACUUGUACAGAGAACCCAGCUACUGCGAAUAGUAUCGACAGGAGCUCCAAUGACAUUGAGAAGGGCAGAGUCUCUUCGCCGAAACCCCAACGAGGAAAAAGCAUAUCUUGGCUUAAGCAUCCUUGGUCUCUUUGGCACCGCCCACUUCACCGCUCGUCUACUUCUAGUGGCGAGAGAAUCUUAUCCCAGUCGAACCUCUCUGCUCCGUCAAAUACAGUUUCCGCUAAUGCAUGGGCGGGCUCCAGCCAAAGCCGGGGAAGUAGCGAUCUUACUUAUAUGCCUGGAAGAGAGGCAUUCAUCCGAGUUAAACGCGACAUCAGCCAGGAUAGCGAAUUGCGAACAUGA